AUAAAAAUGUUGUGUAUGUAUAAUAAAUAGUGUUUUGUGUUGUUAAGGAAAAGGGAAUUGCCUCCGACACAAGCUGAAAAAAGAGGUUGGAAGCUCCUUCUUCACAUCAUCAAAACCCCAAAUGGUAUACGUGUUCUUCUCUCCUAGGAAUCUAUCUCUGUGUUCCUUUCUAUAAGAUAGCAAUGAGUUUCAGGGCAUAUAUCAGCCAUGGCUCAUCAUCACAAACAUGAAGACUUUGCACCUCGGCUUUCUCAAGAAAAGCCUAGGCGCUCUCUUGGGUUGCCAUUGUCACCAUUGAUGCUUAUGGAUAGCCUUUCUCGAAAGAGUAGUGUUUCUUAUGAUAAGCUUCCAGAGGAGCCUCUCAAGCUCUCUGUUCUCAAACUUGAUGGCUCUUCCUUUGAUGUUCAAGUUACAAGAUCAUCCACUGUUGCUGAACUUAAAAAGGCGGUAGAGGCAGUCUUCAGUCACCUGCCUCAGAAAGGACCAGAAAAGAUCUCAUGGCCGCACAUAUGGGGACAUUUUUGCUUGUGCUACAAUGGUCGAAAGCUAAUCUUAGAUACAGAUCAAGUCAAAAAUCAUGGCAUCAAAGAUGGUGAUCAGCUUCAUUUUGUGCGGCAUGUCUCAAUCAGCUAUAAUCUCGUGAAGAAGAGACCUAAUAAGAAAGGAUAUGUUACUUCAAAGCAGACAAAUAAAACGCAGUCGCCAUCGAGUAGCUGUGGCGAGGAAGAACAAAGUGAGCAAGAACAGCAGUACAUGUACGAGCACAAGGUGCAGCAGUGUAGUGAUGAAGGUUGUUUCAUGGGACAUCAUGAAACCAGGCUGAGUCGCUUGUUUGGAGAGUGGUUCUCGCAUUGCAAGUGCAGCAACACAUCAACAACAACAUCCUCAGUUGGGAAAAAAAGGAGGCUCAAUAUUAUGGAGGGCUUGGUCUCCCCUGCUUCAAGACUCACAUCUGGUUUUAUGGCAAGUUUCAAGAAAGUUAUACAACGUUGCGGUGAAAAAUGCUAUCCCCUGAGGAGGAGGAGGACUCUUUCCUCAAACUCAAAGAGAUAUUUAGUCAAAUAAUAAUUAACUUGGUUGAGAUUGAGAGACACCAUUUUGUCUGUGUUUACUUAAAUUCGUCUGUUUCUGUUUCUGUUCUGUUCUUCAAUCUUGAUGAUGUUAUAGUAGUUUUCAUGGCACACCCACCCUACUCCAACUAAGUCUUGUUGCUUAAGAAGAAAAAAGAGAAUAAUGAUACUGAAUGCUUGCUUAUUAUUCGUAUUUAUGAACUAUUAAUUUUUAUCUCA